AUGGAGGACGACGGUUUGAUACUAAACAUUUGCUCGGCAACAAAAAAUAACAAUGACACUGCUCACAAAAAACCAAGCAUAAGAGCUCAAAUCAAAGAAGCUGGCGGUAGCUGGAAAGAGCGCAGUAAAGUUAGAAAGAUCAUUAAAAGUCAAAUGAGAAAGUCCACCCAAACUCAUGUUCCCCUAGAACACGAUUAUAACACAGUCGAAAAUGGUGGAUAUGACUUAAACAAAGAGGUUAUUCAAAAAAAACUUUCGAAAAACAAACUUGCUUUUACUGUAAGAAGAGAAGAUUCCAAGGAAAUACAAGAGAGAUCGAAGAAAUCCAUCACUACAACACAACCACAACAAAUAAUUUCCUCUCUUUUUACGUACAAUCCCAUGAUCCCUUCAAUUAAACAUAAUUAUCUACCAAAUGAUAAUUUACCGAGUAAUGCACCGGUGAAUGAUUCGAAUUCAUUUAUUGGAAUGGGUUUAGAUGCAGAUUUGGUUGCACAUAUCAAAGAAAAAUUAAAUGCAGAGAAACCAACUGAUAUUCAAUGCAAAGCUAUUCCACUGUUAUUGAAUUUAAAUAGAACUUCAAGCGAUGAAACUAUUGAUGUAGACGUCGUAAUUCAAGCGGAAACCGGUUCAGGGAAAACAUUGGCAUUUCUUUUGCCUAUUAUAGAAAGAUUGAUACGCGCCACUAAAUCCAUAAAAUCAAACUCCUCAUUAACACGUUCUCUAGGCACGCUAGCAAUAAUACUUACGCCAACACGAGAGCUUGCAAAACAGACACUCUCCGUACUGGAGUCUUUGUUAAGUAUAUCACCAUCCAAAACUACCAAUAAUCGUUUGCAACAUUGGUUAGUUCCGGGAGUCGUAAACGGCGGUGAUAAGAAGAAAUCAGAGAAGGCAAGACUUCGUAAAGGAAUCAAUCUAUUGGUUAGCACACCUGGUAGACUUUUAGAUCAUCUACAAAAUACAAGAUCGUUCUCGGUGGAAAAUUUACGAUGGCUUGUCCUUGACGAAGCUGAUCGAUUACUUGAGUUGGGAUUCGAAGAAACAUUACAAAAAAUCAUACAAAUGUUAGCUGAUCGAUCGGACGCCUAUCAAAAAAUAAAGCAAAAAAAUUGUCUCUUUGAUUCUGAUACAUUACCUAAAAGAAGGCAGAUAAUUCUUUGUUCAGCUACAUUAAAAGAUGAUGUUCGACGUUUAGCUGGUCAAAACCUGUUCAAUCCGAUUUAUAUUAAUGGAAUUGAUAAAGGUAAUGAGGAACGUUCAAAACCUAAAAAUAAUUUGAAAUUGUUUACCACGCCCAACCAAUUGAAACAAAAGUGCAUAAUAACACCGGCAAAAUUAAGAUUGGUCACAUUAACCGCAAUAUUAAAAGCAACAUUUAAACGUCACUCGGAAUCAAUAUCGAGCGAAAAAGUUAUUGUCUUUUUCUCGUGUUGCGAUGCAGUUGACUUUUAUUUCGAUUUGUUUGCAAACGCGGGAAAUCUCGGACAAGAUACGGAUGAUGAUCAAAAGGCUAACUCAGAGACAUGUCUAAUUAGCACAGUAAUUCCAAACUUGAUGAUGUUUCGAUUACAUGGCGAACUUUCUCAAACAUUACGCACGACAACAUUUCAAACCUUUAGCUCUACUUCAUCCGGUGUUCUAUUUUGUACUGACGUGGCUGCUCGAGGUCUUGAUCUUCCAAAUGUUUCAAAGAUUCUUCAGUAUGACCCGCCAACCGAUAUCAAGGAUUACGUGCAUCGAGUUGGUAGGACUGCACGAUUAGGUAAAGGAGGAGAAGCGAUUCUUUUUUUGUUGCCUAGUGAGGUUGGGUAUGUGGAUUCAUUGGAGGAUCAAGGAAUAAACACGCAAAAUGUUCAAGUGGACACAGUAUUAAAAAAUUUGCAGCACACAACAACAAACAAUAGCUGUAUUGGUUGA